UCAAGAAGCAAAGACGACGCCGACUGGCGCCCCGUCCUCGUCGCUCUGACCAUUCGCUCCCACCCACACCCUUCUCGCCCCUCCUGACGACGACUCCUACUCACUCCUGACUCCUGGACUGCUACUUGUCGCCUCCCGCUGCCCCCCGCCCCCCGCCUCCUGAUAAAAGCCCGGACACUUUACUCGACUCGGCUCCUCCAACACAUCAUCGCAAUGUCCGACCCCGCCGCCGCUGCCGCUGCUCCCGAGCACAAGCACCUCGUCCACUUUGAGACGCACGACCUGCACUCCGACCUCGUGUUUGCGACGGAGCAGACCCUUGCCAACGCGCUACACGCGGCCAAGACCCCGGGAGAGGACAUGGCGAUUCAGCACUACCGCGAGGCCAUUGUCAACAGCUUCCCGCGCGUCAUGAACCGCAUCGAGGGCAUGAAGCGCGUCACUGCGCGUGCGGCCGAGCUGUGCCCCAAGACCAAGGUCGUUCCGGCGUUCGUCUGGACGUGCGACACGAUCAAGUGCCGCUCGGCGCGCGGCCGCACGCUGCUUGUCAGCGCCAAGUGCGUGUCCAAGGACAAGGACCACUGGGAGGCCGCAGCGUGUCUCUGGUGCCGCGACAUGCGCAUCGGGUGCGACAUUACCAACGUCCGCCUCAUGCUGCGUGAAGACGCCGAGGACAUCCUGCCCGCCGCCCGCAAGCGCAAGCGCGUCAUUGUCGACGACGACGAGCACCGCAGCAGCGACCGCUCGACCCCGCAGCCGUACCAGCGCAUGCCUAUCAUGAACCGCAACAACGGCCCGGCCACUCCCUCCAUGUCGCCAACUUUCAACUCGCCCGCUGCCCAGCGUGUCACGCACGCCGCUGCCCGUGCCAGCUCGUCGCGUCCCAGGAACGGGGGGCACGAGGUCGAGACGCUCAAGGAGCGCCUGGCGCACAAGGCCGAGAUGAACAAGAUGCUCCUCAAGGCCAACGAGGACAAGGACAAGCACCUCGCCGACAAGGACCGCGUGAUCGAGGCUGUCAAGGCCGAGAACGUCGCUCUCAAGGCGCGUAUCGCCACCCUCGAGGGCCACAACGCCGCAGACCAGAACCAGAACCACACCCUCGCCCAGCGUGUGGCCGCCCUCGAGACCUCGACGGCCACCUUCAAGCACCGCAUCGACGACGUCCACGCCGAGACGCUGGCCGAGCUCACCGAGCACCGCCACCAGCUUGCCGAGCACCGCGAGCAGCUCGCCGACCAUGCCGAGCAGCUCGCCCACAACGACGAGAAGUACGAGUGGCUUGUGCGCAACUGCUCUGGCUUUGACCUCGACGCCGACGGCAACUGGGUCAAGACGGCCGAGGAGGGAGAGGACGCCGAGGCGUCGCAGGACAAGGAGUGA